AGUUUAAUUAAGUAUAAUUCUGUAAUAAAAUUAAAGGAAAUUGUGGAAUGUAUUAAAUAUUUUGAUUCAGAAAGAUCUGAAGUUAAUAAUAUCCUGAAAUAGAAUUUAUAUGAAUAGAAGGGCUUUAUGUGAAUAGUGGGCUGCUUGAGUGAUACCCGUUUUGCAAGUAAAUAAAUUGUCCUUCGUAUUGAUACCGAGAAGAUACUCGGUGAUAUCGAAUAGAAGCAUCAACCGAUAGAUAAUGAAUUUUCUGUUUACGUGCGAUUAAAUCCAUUUAAAAUUCUGACAUUGCUAGUAUUUACAGGAUUAUGGAUAUAAGAAUCAAAUAAGAAUGUAUCGAGCUGAUAUACGUGAUCAGUUACUCGUAGAUUUUAAGAAUAUUCAGAAAUUGUUAUUUUAUAUUUGCGACCAAUUUUGUUAUUGCUUACCUACUGCUUUAUAAUAUUGCGUUAUUACACUGGAAUCUGUUUUUAUUUCUGUUUCUACCCAAUAUCACCAGACAAAUACACAUGAGGAAAAGACGAAAUAAAACACACUGAUAACUUCAUAAUUGUUAAUUACGAUUAGAGACCCUCGAUAAAUAUGAUUGAAUUGAAGAUUAAUUUCAACGUGUACCAAAUGGGAGUAAAACGAACGAAAAAUACUCUAUUCCCUUGUAAGGAAUAUUAGAAUAAUAUAUCAAUAUCGCAAAAAAUAACGUGAUAUUCACCUGCGCCGUUUCGUGGUAACGUUAAAUUUAAGGAUUUAUUACUUUCGCUUUCAUUCAUCACUGAACGCAUCAUUCAGAUCGCAGUUUUGAAAAAAUAAUUGCAUAACAGAGAAGAGUGUGCGUACUGUCUAACCACCAUUUUCCAUUUAUUUUCAUUUGCUUUUAACACAUUCCCUUCAAGAAAUUAUUCUUCCACGCAUUCCUGGUCUCCUGCUUGGUUCAACGACCGGUAAGCAACGGUUCGAUUUAAAUAAACGGUUUGAACAGCACAAAAGAAACAAUCCAACGGAAAUCGCCAACCAAAGAAAAAGCCGCGUAUAUACGUGCCAGGUGCGGCGAAGGGUUCGGGGCGCACGAAGAGCAGGCGGCGCGUCUUCCCGCCAAAUUUCUCUCACAGACCGCUUGAUCACAUAACUGCCAGCAACAAGUAGUAAGCCAGGUCGCAGUUGCCUUUGAACCGUGAAGGAGCAUGAAGGAGUCAAGUCCGUAAAAUCGGAUUACCGCCGCAAAUUACCACUACCACAAUUCACUUCCAUACAUCAGAUACCAGAGACCAGACCCGAGUGACCCGACACACCUGUACAUCAGACACAGCUCAUAGGACAGUACUUUGGAAUCGUCGAGCGAAACAAACUCAUCAGAAUGUAUAUCAAAAUCAGGACAGGGUACAGCACGGAAGAUGUGCUAAUAAAAAUCUCGAAAACAGCAUCAGUAAAAUACUUAAAGGAUCUAAUUAAAUACGAGUUAGACAUAGAGCCGGAGUUGCAAAAACUGUUCUUCCGUGGAAAACAAUUAGAGAACAAUUACAAACUGUACGAUUAUAAUGUUAACAUGAAUGAUGUGAUCUUGCUCGCGGUGAAGGCAACAGAGGAAGAGAGUAAGGAGGAAGUGCUCGUCUCAAGCUCAAGUACCAGCAGCAGCACUGCUAACUCUAACAAGUCCGGAGGAGAAGCUGGGGAAAAACUGAAAGAGGAACGUUUCGAUGUGUCCAGCAGUUUGUACUACAAGUCUGGUGACGCAGUCGAUUGCCUUGACUUCACACAGGGGGCCUGGUUCGAAGCGAUCAUAUUGAAAGUAUUUGAAAAGGAUAAAAAAUAUGUUUACAACGUUCAUUGGGAAUUCGACGAAAAAGACACGCCCUUCGACGUGCCCGAAACAUCGAUAAGGCCACGAGCGACGAAGUUACUACAGUCAGAAGACUGGACAAUCGGGCAGCGGGUCAUGAUUAAUUAUAAUGUGGAUAAACCAAAAGAAAUUGGACUGUGGUAUGACUUCACAAUAUCGAACAUUCAUAAAAAGAGGAAGAAAUGCGAACUCACCGGAACCUUGCACAUCGGGAGCGAUCAACCAAGAUGUCUCGAGAACCAGACAGUGAUGACCAAAGAAGGGGUAUAUGCGAUCGAGGAACCGAAGCUUUUAAAGGAUAGAACAUCUGAGGACGAGAAACGUUUCACGAGUAACGGAACACGGAGACGUACGCAGGCUUCUUGCGAGGCAUGCUUGGACAACCCCCACGAAGACUGCAAAGAGUGCGGGUGUAAAAUAUGUGCCGGCAAACACGAUGAACACAAUCUGUUGUUGUGUGAUGAGUGCAACGCGGGUUACCAUAUAAGCUGUCUAACGCCACCGUUGACGUCCAUACCGGAAGCGGAUUAUUGGUACUGCCCAAACUGUAAAAACGACGAGAAUGAAAUCGUCAAGGUGGGAGAUAAAUUGAAACCAAGCAAGAGGAUAAUCCGUACUUCCACCAAGGAUUGGGGGAAUGGAAUGGCAUGCGCGAAACGUUCGAAAGAAUGCAGCAUUGUCGAUCCGCCUCACCGUGGGCCUGUUCCAGGAAUCGAAGUUGGGAUGACUUGGAUGUUCCGAUUACAGGUAUCUGAAGCCGGAGUACACAGGCCACCUGUAUCCGGAAUUCACGGAAGAGAGUCAGACUGUGCGUAUUCUAUCGUGCUGUCUGGUGGCUAUGAAGACGACGUUGACAACGGAGAAGAAUUCAUAUACACUGGUUCCGGAGGCAGGGAUUUAUCCGGUAAUAAAAGGACAGCUGAACAAAGCUGUGAUCAAACAUUAACUAGAAUGAACAGAGCGUUGGCAUUAAAUUGCAACGCGGAGCUGAACGAGGAAGGUGCCAUUGCUAAAGAUUGGAGAAAAGGCAUACCGGUGAGAGUUGUGAGAAAUUACAAACUUAAAGACAGUAUUUACGCGCCAAAGAAAGGUAAUAGAUACGAUGGUAUUUACAAGGUAGUAAAGUACUAUCCUGAAAAGGGUAAGAGUGGCUUUCGAGUGUGGAGAUACCUGUUACGAAGGGAUGAUCCAGCACCCGCACCCUGGACCAAAGAGGGUAAAAAGCGAAUAGCCUCUCUAGGUCUGAAGUUGGUGUACCCCGAUGGAUACUUAGAAGCGAUGGUGAAGAACAAGGAACAAGCCGGUAGCAGUAUGAAACGAGCCUUUGAUAAUGAUUCGGAAGAGGAAAACAAAAAACCAGCGAAUAAGAAACAGAAAACAGGCGGUAACUCAGAAGACGAAGAACCGACGAGCUGUUACCAGUUAGAAGACGAAGUGGUGAAACAUAUCGAAGCUGACACCGUGAAUCAGAAACUUUGGGCCGAGUGCCGUGAGGUUGUUCCUAAAGGGAAGCCAGUGUUUUUGGAGAAAGUUUUCGAAACAUUCACCUGUCCUUGUUGUCUGGAGCUAGUCUACAAACCGAUAACGACUCCUUGCAGGCACAACAUCUGCAUCGCGUGUAUAAAACGGAGCUUUUCAUCGGGCGUUUAUUGCUGUCCAUCCUGCCGCUACGAAUUGGAUGAAGAUGGUAAUUUUGUAGUUAAUGAAUUGUUAUCGUCCACUCUAUUGUUAUUGUACCCAGGGUACGGUAGCACAUAAAAUAUAAAAUACUAGACAAGUUUCUGAAAGAGAGAGAGAGAGAGAGAGAGAGAGAGAGAGAGAGAGAUUAAAUCAGGAGUACAAUGUCUCAUAAAAUGAGAAGUAAAUUAUAUAUGCAAGAUUUUACUGAAUUUUAUCUUGUGAUCAGGUAAGGACGCAGGACAGCUCAAUGUUUUUUAACUUUUUUAUUUUAUUUGAUCGAGAUUAAAGUUAAAAAAUCAUUGGAACUGUACUUUCACGUUAUUCGUUAUUUAUGUAAUCAAUCAUAGGACAAAUUUUAUUUGUGCUAGUUACAAGGCAUAAAAGAAAUGUGAUCAUAGUUAAUUAGAAAGUUGUAUUUAUUAAACGUACAUUAUAUGAA